UUAAAAACCGAGAGCCGGGGACAACUCUGCUGGCCGCGCCGCAUCCUGGCGCCCUGAGUUGCCGCGUGUCCAGUCGGCUAUCCUGCAGCGCGGUCCCGGGACGCGCCCAUGCGUCCACCAACCAUGUCUGGGCACUUUCUGCUGGCUCCCAUUCCCGAAUCCUCCUCCGACUACCUCCUGCCCAAGGACAUCAAAUUGGCGGUGCUAGGCGCGGGUCGUGUAGGCAAAAGCGCAAUGAUUGUGCGCUUCUUAACAAAGAGAUUCAUCGGCGACUACGAACCCAACACAGGCAAACUGUAUUCAAGACUCGUCUAUGUGGAGGGGGACCAGCUAUCUCUGCAGAUCCAGGACACUCCUGGGGGUAUCCAGGCCCAAGACAACCUCAGUCAAACGGUGGAUUCCCUGUCCAAGUGUGUGCAGUGGGCCGAGGGCUUUCUGCUGGUCUAUUCCAUCACAGACUAUGAGAGCUACCAGUCCAUUCGGCCCCUUUACCAGAAUAUCCGGAAGGUCCACCCUGAUGGGAAAGCCCCUGUCAUCAUCGUGGGCAACAAAGCAGACCUUUUGCAUGCCCGGCAGGUGCAGACACAGGACGGUCUUCAGCUAGCCAAUGAGCUAAGCAGUCUCUUCCUUGAAAUUUCCACUAGUGAAAACUACGAAGACGUCUGUGACGUGUUUCAACAUCUCUGCAAAGAAGUGAGCAAGCUGCACAGCCUCAGUGGGGAGCGGAGGAGGGCCUCCAUCAUCCCCCGGCCUCGCUCCCCCAACAUGCAGGACCUGAAGAGGCGCUUCAGGCAGGCCCUGUCCUCCAAAGUAAAAGCCCCCUCUGCUCUGGGUUGAGCCAUCUCAGAUAGACUGGUGACUUUUAUUAUUAUUAUUAUUAAGCAUUUGUGCAGCCACAAAGACUGGGCCUUUCCCCUUUAAAACAUAUUGAGAGUUUAUUUUUAUAAUUAUUUUAUUGGCUUUCAAGUGUAUGUGUAUUUCUGAAAAUUCAAACAAUGAUUGACUAGAAGUUGGAUUUUUUUUUUUUUUUACUGUAACUGUUAGCCACUUUUCCAUUAAAGGCAAAAUGGCAGUAUGA